AUGGCUCUCAUAAAAGCGGAGGAAAGGUUUAAAAAACUGCAGUACCUUGAGUGUCCAGUUGAGGCUGGCAGCAAAAGGUCUGAUGUGCGUGUGUGACCAUUUAAAAUGGGUAAAAGUUAUACUGGGGACAAUUUUUAUCUACUUAACUCUGCAGGAGUUUUUCCCUUACAUUUAACCUUCACUGUGUAUCCCUGUGUUUUUAAAAUAAAAGAUAAGAGGAUUGCAAUAAAGUAACUGUCGUGCAUGACCACAGAUUGUCGGAGCACAGAUGAUAACAUAGAUUUGUACUCACAUUAACUAUGUUUGUGGGUGGAUUGUGGUGUAACAGCCUUUUUUUUCUUGGAUGGGGAGGUUUUUAUUGAGGUGAGAAAAUUCCAUGGCAGACACCAAAAACAUGCAUUAACAUACCAGUGCAAAGCCAAGGUUAGCGAACCCGGAGCUUACUCACUUAUUAGCCCUAACUACCCCUUUGGAAAUAUACAUCUAUAACGUUUGGCACACAGACCUCUAAUAAGAAAUGCUAACAACCGGUCAUUAUGGGGGCUUGAGCAGGAGAUUUACAAAUCCUAGGUUCAGCGGCGUUGGACAGGUUCCCUUUGCUUGAAAAUGGUUAUUCCAUAGAGGGCAUGGUGAGCUGCGUGAUAAAAUCUUCUGAUUUAUUCCCGGCGGCUGAUAAUUACUGGUGUCUUGUCACCUGUCAGGAAUGAAUGGACGGGGAGAGUCCGAGGCUGUAGUCUUCAUGCUCUUUACACCACAGCAAUAAAUCUGACAUGUUUGUGAAGCCAUAAAUCACAGCCUGUGUUAAAGCCUGCUCACUCAGAGCGGCCUGGCCCGAACAUUUCAAACAGUUUUAGUUAUAAAGGUAUGCAGGAGAUCAGCAGGGUUAUUUCAAAGGUGUGUUAAAUAGACAGGCUGGAGUGGUUACUUCACUGCUUCAGAGAAAUGGACUGCUACUGACUAAAAAAAAAAGAGAGUGUCAGACCUCUCAGUGUUAGUCAAAGCAGCGUGACAUGUUCAAGUCUGCAUAUCCGGUCAGUUUGUGCACAUUCUGUCCUGCAAAACACCCAGUGAAGGAGUGAACCUCUUUGUAGGUUUGCAAUGAUAUCUGACAGAUUAAGGGUUAAAAAUGGGAAGUGAAAUCCAAAGCUGGUGAAAAAUUACAGCAGUGAAAAAUAUGCAUGAGAAGUCAAGUUUGUAUCAACAAAAUGUCUAAAAACAGCAGUAUUUUUACACAAAACACUCAGUUGAAAAUGGUGAACAAUGGUGGUGUUUUGGUCAUUUCCUGACAUGGGAACUGUGUUUUGGUAAGCUGAAAAUGCAGAUUUUGGAAAAUAAAAUGCCACACCCUUCUGUUGCAUUAUAACUGGAAAAACAAGGAUCCUGUGAAAACACCAAAUUUACAGUGCAAUUUUUAACAUGCCGCUUCUUCUUCAUACUAAAAGUAGCCAAGGUGGUUUAGGAUGAGGAUGCCUCCUGGAUGCUUCCCUGUGGAGUUGUCCCAGCCAGUGGGAAGUGGGUCUCAAGGUAGGCCAAGAGCUUGCUGCAGGGAUUUUAUAUCCCAUCUUGCCUAGAAGUGCCUGGGAAUCCUGGGAAGAGCUUGAAAACAUUGUUGGGGAGAAGGGGGGCCUGGGGUCAUGUGCUGAGCCUGUUGCCCCCAUGACCCGGUCGACAAUAGAUAAUAUGACGUGAAUGUGUAUAAUUGAUUACCAGUGUAAUGAUUUGUCAAUUUGGGGGUGUAUAUAAAGAGACAUUGAUCAAAAAAAAGUAUUAAAUAAUGAUUAUAAACAUGGUUUACAUGGAUUAUAAACAUUAUAUAUGGUUUUAUUAAAUACAUUUGACUCUUACAGAAAGUAAGAUGAGAUUUGUAAGAUAUAAGUAAGAUGAGAGAUGCAGCACUGCCUUAACAGGUGACAUAGCUCUGUAGUAGGAAUCACUGCAUGAAAUCAAAAAGUAUUGUUUGGACCACGGCUCUCAACUUCAUUCACAAUCACAGGUGAAAAACUGCUCUGGGAACUUCUCAGGACUGUAGUGAAGUCCUGCUGUCCUGUGGUCUGAUGAUUUAAAUUUUGACAGUCUUUUCAGAAAUCAUGGACCAGCAUGUUAUCAGUGCACACUUACAAAGCCAGCACCUGAGAAGGGCAAUACACAAGUGGCCAGGGCAUGGGUAGCUUAAAUGGGAAGGUGUUAGGUCUAAAACCUGCAAACUUUACCUGAUAACAUAUAAAGAAGAGAAAGACAAUGGUAUAUACUCGAGGAGAAUGGACCGAGAUAGCUUCAGGUACCAUCUCGAAACCACUCUGAAAGGUAUUUCCGCCCAGUCUCUUUUAUUUAGGGUUGUCCCUGGUCACACAAUGUUUCUAAAAGGGUGGGGGUAAAUGUGCUGCAAAGUAAGCAUUUCAUAGAACAUAAUAAUGAACAAUUUGUGAAUAGCUGAAGGUCAAGGCGGCAUCUAACGAGCUCCUUCUGAUAAGGAUGGAUCCUUCUCAAAAGCUUCCCACGAUUCAUCAGCGGAGGAUACAUCACACACACCUGCUGAUAGGAGAAACGAGUUCACAGAGAAGUUAAGAAACAUUCAUGUGCUGUGUAAUUAAGCCAUUGGAGAGAGAAGUUAGAAAACACUCUUAUGUGAUAAAAAUACUCUUAUAUGAUGUAUAAAAAGAGGUCAAAGCAGUUUAUACUUGUAGUAUAAACUCUUACAUAAGAAUAUGAGGAAUAAUGAUAACUUCUAUAUACAUUUAUGCACAUUAUUCUAACAGAAGGCUUUAUGAAUGCUGAGCGAUGUUUUGGGGAAAAAUGUGCGGCCAUACACACAUCGACUUUUUAUGGGUAGACCUUAAUCUUUCAGCAAGGCAAUGGCAAACCACAUUCUGCAGGUAUCCCAACAGCAUGGCUUAGUCGUUGAAGAGUCCUGCUGCUGAACUGGCUUGCCUGAAGCACCGACUUGCCAUUUGUUGAAACUAUUUGAUGCAUCAUGAAAAAAAAACAGUAUAACUUGAGGGACCUUGAACAAUUUAGCAACUGAAAUCCUGAAACAGGCAAAAUACUUAGUGCCACAACUUUUUGAAGUUAGGGUUUAAGAUCAAAACACAGAAAAUCCUAAAUAUAUGAGACAGAACACUUAUAUUAUACUUACGAUAUGAUACUUAGGAUAUUUUUGUUGCCAAAUUAUUCAAAAUCACAUUCAAGACAUCCAGUUAGAUCAGAAUAUUAAGUUUUAGGUUUACAAUUCACUUAAUGCAAAGAGAGAAGUAAUCUUGAGUACAUCUUCCCCAGUUCAGUUCAGUCAGACAGUAAGAAAAGGUUUUGGGAUAUCUUACAGUAAAUACCUGUACUUACUGUAUAGAUUUACUACAUUGUAAUGUAUGUGUGAGCUCACAAAGGAAGAAACAUUUUAAUGAGGAAAUACUCUCGCUCAGUCUUUGCUGAUCUCUCGGUGAAAGACCUCUCUGAACGUUCCCACCUCAGAUCAAUAGUUAUGUCUGUGGAGGCUGACGCUGUGGGCUGUAAUUGUUUUAAAGGUUGGCGUCUCAGAGCCGCAGCACCCACAAUAAAACUGCGAGGGCAGGAAGGAAGCAAUGCUCCUCAACGACCCCCAGUUCACUGUCUGAGAGGCCUACCCUUUACUUACCUGACCCAUUGCACUUGGCCAGAAGCCUAGCUAAAGGUCAGUGCAGUCACCUUUCACUGUCCUGCAACAUACAUCUCACACACAGGUCUUCAAGUGUGCAUGCAUUUCUUUACCUUUCCUCUGUUUUAUGUGUGGGAAUGAAGAGGAAAAAAAAGACAGAGGACGGAGUCAAUAAAACAGGAAAGUCUGUUUUUACUCUGAAUCUAGUGGACUUUGGUUUAGGAAAUUACUCCAAACUCAUAAGUGUGCAGGAUAAUCAAUAAGAGCAAUUUUUAAGGUCUUACAGCAGAACUUUAUUAAAUAAAACUGUGUCUUUGCCAGCAGAGAAACACGAAAGAUCGAUGGUCUUACGAGCAGAGAUUGCAGGUUCUAAUUGUAAAAUAUUUGCCCUUGUUUUUCCCUCUCUUUGAAGUGUCGGCCUUGCUGUGCUCUUGUCCUCAGGUGCUGCCCAGGCCUGAUUUAUGAGGACGCUUCUAGGGAAGCUACUCUAAAUUACAUGGCCCUUAAACCUGAGCACACAGAGAGGGAAAGAGAGAAAGAAAGAGAGAGAAAGAAAGAAAGAGAGAGAGCUAAUUGCAAGGACAAAUCUAACCUUUGCUAGAUAAGAGGGAUUUCUGUCUUCCCACACCUGAGAAAAGGAGACUUUUUGUGACAGAUUUGACUGCUUUGGCCACAAUUUGUCUUAAAAUUUGUCUUGAAUGUGACUGAGACUAAUAUGCACAAAAUUUGUUCAAAUGAACGUCUUUAAAAGGUUGUAAUGGUCAAAAAGUAAGAUGUACAUAGGGGGCUUAUUUAGCCCAGGGGUUAAACCACUUGGCCCUUACACAGAAGCCCUAGUCCUCAAAGUGGGCCUCAUUGAGGUUCAAAUCUGACCCCUGGCCCUUUGCGUAUGUCCUCCCCCGCUCUCUCUUCCUAGUUUCACACUGUCCACUGACCUCUGAAUAAAGGCAUGACAGGCCAAACAUACCAAACAAAAACAAAGUGAGAGGUGCAUGAAACUAUGUUAUGUCUUUAAGUCUUGUAAAAUAGCUUCAUUUUUUUAUUAUUAUGACUUUAAUACAACUUUACAGUCUUAACAUUAAUCUUGUGACAUGAUGGAGAAUUGAGUCCACAUUAGAGAAAAUAAAUGUUUUUUUGAUUGGAAAAAACAACUCAUUUUCUUACAUGAAUAAAGCAGUAGAAAAGUCUUAAUAUUACAGUAAAACUGGACAAAAAUCAAGUCAAAGUAUUACAGAAUUGAGUCACAAUAUUAGGAGAAUAAUAGAAAAUGUUACGAGAAUAAAGAGGUUAUAAAGUCAUAGUUUUGGUUUACUGUGAGCAGCCAGCUGAAAUAAGAAGCAUUGAGCGUUUUGACCAAUAUAUCAGGACUCUGAAAAGACUGAGCAGAAAGCAGAGAUGUGUGGUUCCCCUCUACAAACCAGCCUUAUGUGGAUAAUCAAUGAAUAAUAGCUUAAUUCUCAUAAUAUAAUGACUUUAUUCUUUAAAUCUUUAACAAAAAACUUACAUGUGGCCUCAAUAUCCUAUUCUAGCGAAUAAGCUCCAUUAGAGUACAGCUUUUUAUGGAUAAUACAAGAGGCAGACAUCUUGGACUUUGAGGUUAGGGUACCUGUAGUUGCUAUAAAGCAGGACUUAGCGGAGUGCUCUUCAUGAUGUAUACAAGCAGCAACCUCCAUGCUUGAAAAAAUUAAGCUGCUGUCAGUGUGCUAUAAACUGCAGUUCCCUGGAUGUCCACUUGAGGCUGUUUGCAGAAGCACCUUAAACCACAUCCACACUGAACCAAAAAAGCCAGUUUUCAGAACAAAAAUAAACACAUUUACAGACUGGUUUAAAAACAGUUUUGAUCUGAAUAGCUGAAGGCUUCAACGGCACCCACAGUUUUUUUUUUUGUUUUUUUUAUGUAAUAAGUUCUUUUGGAAGUUUUUUAGGGUGCAUAAUCGAUGAAUCAGAGGCAUGGCUGACUUGACUGACAGGCGGACACACUGCAGCUAUUUGAGAGGAAGCUCAAGGCCUGCCUUCAGUAGGCUGACCAAACAUUAGGUUUAGUCAGAAUUAACAAUAUGGUGACCACUAUUGAUAGGCUUCAAAACUUUGCCUCACAAUGCUACAUCCAUAUAUUAUACAGUCUAUUGAUGACUCUGAGGGUCAACUUGGAAUUUCUGUCUUUGGAGAUUAAUUUAGACAACAAUUCUUGAUUUUAGAACAGAGCAAAUACAAAGCCUGUACUAUGUCUUUUUUAGGACAUUUUAUCAAGAUGAAAAUCAGUUCUGUUGUAGAAAGGGGAAGACACAAUGAUGCAAAAUGAAAAAGCAGCCCUUCUCAAGUGUACUAGAGCUAACACAACAAGCCUGUUUGGAAAAUGUCAGGCAUAAAAUGUAAAAAUGAUUGUAUGGGUUAAAGGUAAUGAGUUGUUGGAAAAGUCAAUAAGCUGACAGAGUAGAGCUACCUGACAAAGUAUCUGUGCUUCAUUCUUCCCCUCUCCAUAAAAAGACCCCACAACCUCAUGGAAAGUCUUGGUAAAAAAUCACGUAACCUAUGCCAGAGAUUACAGGACUGUUCUGGAGUAAAAAAACAAACAGUUUCCGACGGUGUUAAAGGAAGUGUGAAGUUAAUUACUAUCUUAAAUAAUGAGUAUGUUUUCUGUAUGUUUUACACACAGAGUGAAGUGUCAAAACUGUCCUGUAAGAUCCUGUGAGGGAUGUGAGGGAGAGUCGGUGCAGGAGGAGGAGGAGGAGGGGGAGGCGGUGACAGUGCCAUUUACCUGCAGGGCGCUCAUAAACCUGCAGAGGCAGGGAGAGUGCAUCAUUCCUCACAGGUGACUGUACCAUGUGACUUCAAGGGCUUUAAAAAGCAGGCAGACCUGUCCCGCUCAGGUAGGAGUAAUCACAAGGCAGCCGAGGAGUCAGAGGAGAUUACCUGGGCUGUCGGCACAGCGGCAAACACCGACAGCCCCACAAAACAACGCAGAGAGAGCGAGGCUGGAGGAGAAAAAAGUCUAAGGGAACUUCAAAAAGAUUCAAUACGACUACAAAAGAAGCAGACGGGAACAACGAGAGAAGAUUCUCUUUUGACUCGUCCAGAUUAUUCCCACCAUGAGCUGCAGCAGUGUCACGGGAUCAGAGUUCUCUGAGGAGGAACUGGAUCUUGGUAUGCUGGACCAAGUAGAGGAUGAUUCAAGUCCAAAGAUGUCUUUUCAGGACAGCGAGAGCUCCAAUGGCAGUCCGAGUGAUCCAGAGGAAGGCCAGACCAAGAAACGCAACCGGCCUGUUCGCUCCAAAGCCCGAAGAAUGGCUGCUAAUGUUCGUGAGAGAAAACGGAUCCUGGACUAUAAUCAGGCCUUCAAUGCUCUGCGAGUGGCUCUGAACCAUGACCUCAGCGGCAAACGCCUCUCCAAGAUCGCCACCCUGCAGAGAGCCAUCAACAGGAUCUCUGCUCUCUCUGUGUUCCUGAGCACAAAUCCCCCAAACAAGCCCUGCACCCACCGGGAGUGCAACAGGUCAUCUGUGGGUCCAACUGCGAUGGGAGCAUCCAGACUAGAGCAGAGCAGGGUGACAGUCCCUCGUCUGGAACAUCAGAGCUACCUCCCCUGGCACACCUCCAUUUCACACCAGAUGCAGCCACAACAAGGCGGACACAUGCACCGGCUGCCCGCUGAGACACACCUCUACAUGGAUAACAACACGUCCUCCUGUCCGCCGUCACCUCACUACCCCUGUUACCCCCCUGAGGGACAGAUUUUCACCUCACAUGGACAUUGUGCUAGCCCCCAUGACCACCCGCCCAGCCCUCUGAGAUACCCACAGGUGGGCGAGGGGUUGGGGUACCAGCCAGGGAUGUGGGCCUCCUGCACUCAGAGGUACAUGGACACGUUUGUGGAGCCAUCUCCAGCUUUGGGGCUCCCCUGGCAGGUGAACUACCUGCAGGAACCGGAGCACAACCUCCCCCUGUGUGCAGACAUACUGUGA